GUUGGAUUCAUCAUCCAAGAGGGGCAAAUAAGGUUGCGUCUGAGAUAGCACAACAAUUCCGUUGGCCAAGCAAAGCAGCAGCCAUGAAAAGCGCUUCCUGUUCAAUUCUUGGAACUCUGCGCUUCUCAACCACCAUCCACCGUAACAACGCUCACUUGUACGCAUUGCCCAGAAACAAACUCGCUCUCUUUCCUCCAUUUCGCUCCACUUUCUUCACAAACUUCAAAUUCCAUAGAAAACAUCUCCACUUCAAUCGCUCCACCGCUUUUCCCUCACUUUCCAUCCCGACCCACCACGACCAAAAACCAGCUCGGGAACCCGCCCUUCUCCUUGAGGUUGAAGGGGUCCUUAUUGAUGCUUAUCGUCUUGGCAAUCGGCAAGCCUUUAAUGUAGCUUUCCAAAAGCUUGGGCUGGACUGUGCAAACUGGUCACAACCAGUUUAUUUAGACCUUUCAAGGAAAAGUGCUGGUGAUGAGGAGAGGAUGCUGAUUUUGUAUUUCAAUCGGAUUGGUUGGCCUACUUCAUUGCCCACCACUGAAAAAGAAUCAUUUGUAAAAUCAGUUUUACGAGAAAAGAAAAAUGCUCUAGAUGAAUUUUUGGUUUCAACAAGUUCACCUUUACGACCUGGAGUUGAAGAAUUUAUUGAUGAUGCAUACAGUGAAGGAAUACCUGUGAUCAUAUUGACUGCCUACAGUAAAAGUGGGGAGAAAAUUGCCAGACUUAUUACAGAAAAGCUUGGUCGCGAAAGAGUUUCAAAGGUAAAGAUCAUUGGCAAUGAAGAGGUAGAAAAAAGUUUAUAUGGCCAACUUGCACUUGGUAACGUGUUUUCGAAGGAUUUAGAUGAGCAACUAGCCAUGGAGGCAAAAAAGGCAGUUUCUGCUGAGAAACAAAGGAUAGCAAAGAAAGUUGCUUCUAUGUUAAAGUUGAGUGUUGAUAUUGAUACUAGCUCAUCUGAAAGCUUACAGAAGAUUGUAGCUGCACUGCGUGCUGGGGCAGAAAAUGCAGGGGUACCCGUCUACAGUUGUGUCCUUAUUGCAGGAAGCCAAUCUGGAGUGGUUGGAGCUGAGAGAAUAGGCAUGCCAUGUGUUGUGCUGAGAAGUAGUUUGACAUCUAGAGCGGAGUUCCCUUCAGCAAAUGCUGUAAUGGAUGGCUUUGGAGGUGCAGAUUUAACAAUCUCUAAACUGCGCCAGAAGAUAUGGUCAUGAGAUUAACUUGAUUCUUUGAGAUCUUGUUGCUUAAGUCUAUUAGCUUCUGCAUGUGAUGUAUUUGAUUACUCUUAUAGGCAUGUUUUAGGUCGAUACAAUUCCAUAAAUACUGCUUUUUCA